AUGGCACUCUAUAGUAGCAAUCAGCUCUCUCUACGAGACAGUUUCCAUCAGGAGCCUCCAAUCAAGAGAAUCACUACAAAGUCAGGAAAAAGGCCAGCAGACAUAACUGUUUCAAGAAGAGGAGGACUUAUUUACACUGAUUACAAAAAUAGAACUGUGAACAUCGUGAAGAAUGAAAACGUGAAGGAGCUGAUCGAACUAAAGAACUGGAGACCCCAAGGUGUGUGUAGUACUUUCUCUGGUGACCUGUUAAUCACUAUGGAAAGAGAUGACGACAAACAAUCACAAGUUUUCCGUUACUCUGGCUCCACAAUGAAACAAUCCAUUCAGUUUGAUAAUGAAGGUAAUCGUCUAUAUUCAUCUGAUGGAUCUCAUAAAUACGUAUGUGAAAACAAUAACCUCGAUAUUUGUGUAGCUGACACUGGUGGUCAAGCAGUAGUGGUGGUCAAUCACGAGGGUAUACUGAGAUUCAGGUACACAAUGUGA